CCGAGAAAAACUUUCAACGCUCUUACCGCUAAAACAGAAAAUAGUUAUAAAAAGGAUUUUGUAUUUUAAAUUCUGAGUUUUACCUUACUGACGCCAAAGCAUUCAGCACCAUGGACAGCGUCCGCGCGGCGGUUUACCUGAGCGUGUUCCUCUCGCUGCUCUGCGUCUGCAGGGGUCAGAUGUCACUGGACAACCGACUGAGCGCGCAAGAGGAGCAGUUCAUCAAAAGAGACCUGGCUGAGGCGCUCGAUGAACUUUUGGACGGAGAUCAGGACAAUCGGUUAUCUGUGGAGAAAAAAGCUAGUGUCAUUCCAAGGUGUGAUGUGGGGGAGCGCUGCGCCAUGAAGCACGGACCGCGCAUCGGGCGACUGUGUGAUUGCAUGCGAGGAACAGCCUGCAAUACUUUCUUCUUGCGCUGCUACUGAUGGAGCUCGCGCAGCUCUCUUCUCUCUCAGGCACUGUGCUAAGAAACUCGUGACAGCAAUGCUUGGGACACCUCAUCUAUUUAACGCGUGAAAUUACAUGGGUGAUGUAUUCAUAGUACUGUUAUUUUGUUCGUAAACUUGUCUAUGUGUAUAUGAUCAAACGUGUUGAUUUUAAGUUAAUAAAACGUCUUUAAGGCUCAUUCGUUCUGAACACUGUCUAAUCUAAAUGAAUUGAUGUAU